AUGUCAACAACCCCUAACCCUAUCUCCCAUCCCGCCGAGGAUAUCCCCUCCUCCAGCGCCCCUCCACCACCACCAGCUGAACAACCACAGAACCCCUCAGCCACUUCCACCUCCACAUCACCUCCCUCACCACCCUCGCAAUCCCCCUAUCAUGCCUUCCACACAUACCCCUUCGCCAGCGAUGCGGAAUUCAAGCUGGGCCUCGGCAUGAUUCUGGGCAAGCCGGCGGGAACGCCGGCGACGGAUGAGGAGGUUGAUCAGAUACAGAUACAGAUCGGAGAGGUGGAGGGAGGAGGGGAAGGAAAGAGAGAGGAGGGGGAGUUGCUGUUGAAGGCGAAGUUGUUUUAUUUUGCAAAAAAGUUCCCCACACCAACAACUUCAACCCCCCUAACACCACAAGGCUACAAAGCCUACCUCCGCCAAUUAAGCAACAACCCUCCCACCACCACCACCACCACCACCACCUCCUCCUCCUCCUCCUCCUCCACUACCUCCUCCUCCAUCACCACCUCCUUCUCCACCACCUCCUCUUUUCCCCCCUCCCCCUCCGCCCCUUCUCAACCCUCCUUACCCCCCUCCACCUCCUCCACCUCCACCGCCCCUCCCCAACCUCAGCCCCAGACACCCUCCUACCCAACCCCCUUCGCCCACAUCGUCUCCCUAAUAACCAACAACCAGCCCAUCCCCGGCAUCCAGAAUAUCCCCGACAUAGUGCUGACGGGCAUGGAUAAGCCGAGUGCUAAGGCGAGGCGGAGGAAGCCGUGGGAGGUUGAGGCGGUGGGUGGUUCUUCUGAUCUUGUUACUACUGAUCUUGCUGGUGGUGGUGCGGUGGGUGUGAUUAGUGCAGUCAGUGCAGAUGGGACGGAUGGUACAGUUGAUGAUAGUGCUGGUGAUGACAAGCAAGGAGGCAAAGGCACAGGAGAAGCUGCUAGUGCUGCCGCUGCCGCCGCUGCUGCUGCUGCUGGUGGUGUAAUCAGUCCCGGCAAUGUGCCAGACAAUGCGGGUACUCAGGGCGAUCAUGGUCGGGAUGAAGGUCAGGGCGAGCCGCAGCAACAUCAACAUCAUCACCAUCAGCAGCAGUAG